AUGGCUACUGUGAAGCCCAGCCAGGGGGACCUCGAGCGUUACCUCAAAUCGCUCAAGGGCAAGCCCUUGGAAGCUUCAAUUGACAGUCUAAUUUCGCUUCUGAAGCGAAGACAGGUUCAGGGCUCCGAGCUUUGCGCCGUCGCGACCGCCCAUAUCCUUCUCCAAGUUGUGGCCAAGUCAAAAUGGUCCGAUGUCGAUCAACUUCUGGAGAAGAUUCAGCAGAUUGGUCUGCGCCUCAUCGCCGCCCAGCCCAAAGAACUUGUUGUGGGAAAUAUUGUCAGACGAGUGCUCAGUUUGAUCCGAGACGAGGCGGCGGAAGACCGGAACGAAGAUGUCAGUGAGACGGCUACCGAAGCAGGAGCAACGCCGACAACAGCGGUACCAGACCCUUCCAAACUGGAGCACCAGUGGCCUCCUUCUACGUACACCAAGCAGGAUGCUGGUGCGGAUUAUAUCUCGAGCGGCCCGAGACCGGUCCGUCCCGGUGCUCUUACCUCUACCAGCUCAUUUCACGUGUCCAAGUCUCUAUUCUCCCUGCUUGAGGCAUCUCCUCCAACAGAUGCCAGCGCUAUCAUGGCUGGUUCACCAUUCGGCAAGGACUCGGGCGCCUCGACUCCCCUUCGUGGACAGUCGACCAAAGUGCAUGCUCUUAGGUCAGAGGUCAUUGAGGGUAUCGAGGAACUUAAGGAUGAAAUCAGCCAAGUUGAUGACCAAAUUGCUACGGCUGCUGAUGUUCAAAUUCACUCUGGUGACUACGUGCUCGUCCACCAGCCCUCGGCCACUGUUCAGAAGUUUAUCCUCCGUGCCGCCACGAGGAGAAAGUUCACUGUCUUUAUUGCUUCGGAGCCUACUCGUAGCUCUAACGAGGCUCCCUACGCAUCAUUUAGAAAGAAGCUGGGGGCCGCAGGUAUCAGCUCAAUUAGCAUCCAGAACGGCGGUAUGAUGGCUUAUAUGCCACGUAUCAACAAGGUCAUUCUUGGUGCAAGAGCCGUCUUGGCCAACGGAGGUAUCCUCACAGAUGCAGGAGCUGGUGUUAUUGCGCGUGCGGCUAAGGAGCAGGGCAACCCAGUCAUCAUCCUCAGCGGCGUCUACAAGCUUUGUCCAGAGAGCUACUUUGACGAGGAGAGUCUGGUAGAAUGGGGCAGCUCUAUGAGCCGUGUCAAUUUCGCCGACGGAGCCAUGGUCAACGGUGUCGAUGUCCGGAGCGCCGUCAGCGAGUUUGUGCCCCCAGAGCUCCUCGACACAUACAUCACGAACCUUGGUGCACACUCUCGUAAUCAUUUGUCGACUAUUAUCGCAGAUCAUUACAAGCCAGAGGACGUUGACUUUCACCUCUGGAGCACUGAGGCUGACCGAUGA